GCUUCCCGAGCUCUCCACACGCCCGCGCUUCACCUCUGUUUGGUUGCGCGCGCGCCCUGAUUUUUUGUUUCUUUCAUUCCUUUGCAUUGUAUAUUCACUGCCUGUAUGACUCUCCGGCGUUAGGUCUUUGGCGAGUGUAUCCGGGCAACAAUACCCCUUCCGCUACCUGUGCCUUGCAAAGCGCUGGUAAAGAGAGAGAGAGAGAGAGAGAGAGAGAGACAGAGAGAGACAGAGAGACAGCGACAAACCUCUGGUUCGCAAUGGCCGAUAGCAAGCGCAACAGCGUUGCAGGCAAGGUUGCGACUCCAAACCUCAAGGCCGGCGCCGGAUCAAACAAGGAUGUCAUUGAUGCCGACUCGAACCUGUACAAGGCUGUGGGAUCGCGCAUCAGGAUAACAUGCGCCCCUGGCAAAAACGUCCUCGAGGGCACCCUCUUCACUGCCUGCAACAUUACCCACGCCAUAGCCAUCAACACCGCGCCUGCUCCUCCGAACCCCGCCUCUGCUCUCAGCCAGCCCGGUGACUACCACAUUAUCUCUUUUGCACACAUCGAGUCUUUUGAGAUUCUCGGAUCAGGAGAGCGGGCGCCAGAGUCGACGGCGGGUUUUGACGGCGCUCUUCCCAGUAUCUCCAAGGUGGAUCUAGCCGCGCUGCAGGCUCGUGAAGAUCAGACGAUCCGCGAAAUGAAGAAGAAGGAUGCGCAGAAGGGCAAGGGUGUUAGCCCAGAAGCACAGGAGCUAUUCGAUGCGAUAUCCAGGACGCUGCCAACCCGUUGGGCCGAUACUCAGAUUGUAGUUAGUGACUCUGUUCUGAUUCAAUCGCCCUAUACACUCGACAGCAUCCGAGCACCUGCCGAUAAGGCGCAGGCCGAGAAGCAUGUGCGCAAGAUUGUCGAGCACUACUACCAGCGCAAGAAGGGUCCGCAAGCAGGAGGAACAACCCGUGCCCCAGUUGCUGUACCCAAUGCUCCGCGAAAAGGGGGUUAACUGGGCUACCGCUUAAAUCUUGGGCAACUACUCGGCUCGCUGUAAACUAUUUUCUCGACGCAGACAUGAUAUUGCAAAUGUUGACAGAGAAAGAAACCAUCUCUUUUCUACAUGCGCAUUAAUGCCGUCGGGAGAGGAAGAAACAGGAAGAAGGAAGAAAACGCCUCCAGACAAUAAUGUGUGGGGGCGCAUGUAAUGUAACUAGUAUGGGAAAGAAGAAAAAGUCUCUCAUUCUGCAUCUACGCACCAAGCGCAGAAAGAGGACUCUUUCUCUUUCUCUUUGCAGACAAUUUUAAAUGAUUAUUCAACUCGC